AUGAAAUAUUUGUGCCAAGUUUUAGCAAUCGCAUGGUUAACUUUUGCUCAGGCAUCUGUAUUAAUCAACAUAAUAGACAAUGGUACAAAAGAAAUUACCAAUUUAGCAAAUGGCUCACUAUCAUCAAACCUCGAUCCCGAUAAUACAAACAAACUGACUACUUGUAACGCAAAGUCAUGUGUCUUUUCAUGCCAAAUACUGAAUUUUUCUGAUGGCAGAUGUAAAGACGACAUUUGUGAGUGUAUAAGAGUAUAUAAACUGAGGCAAAAUGACAUUAAUAAAUCGCAGCAUAUCGAUGUAAAUGUGACAUCAUUUAAAACUUCUAAGGUUGAC